AUACGUUGCCUGGGUGGGCACAGAGUGGUCAGUGUUUCAUGGCAAAGAGUGUCCGUUAUGUUGUGCUUGUAGAGGUAAAUGAGAUAUGGUCCACAUUGCCUUAUCGGAUACAAUGUGGUGCUAAUGUCACAUUGAAAAAACUUGUCGAAGCGUCCGUGGAGUUAAUGUUCCAGUUGGAUAUCAUAGGAUGUCCCGAGGGCAGGUACGGUCUGUACUGUGACAAGGACUGUGUUUGCAAGAACGGGGCCCGUUGCCAUGGCUUUAACGGUGCCUGUGAGUGUCGCCCUGGAUGGAGAGGAAGGGCCUGUGAUAUUCCAUGGCCCGAGGUCGUCAUCGUCGCGUCACCUGGCGAUUCAGUCGUGAAGUACAUCGGUACCAAUCUGACUUUGGCCUGCCUGGCUCCACACAUCCAUGUGGUGAAUAUGACGUGGAUUUACAAAGCAGAAAACGACUAUAAUGAUUAUGACACCAAGGUGGUUAACCUCCUUGAUGACACAAAAGAAAAGGGGGUAGUGCAAAACAAUUCCAUCAACUUUAAGCCAAUUUUGGAAUCAGCCAAUGGUGAAUAUAUUUGUGUGGUACAACGUGUAGAUGGUAAAGCUGUUAACGCAACUUUCGUUCUGAACGCCACCACAUGCCCACCCAACUAUUAUGGAGAAGUUUGUAACCAAAAGUGCGACUGUCAGUACGGAGUGACGUGUGACAGGUGGGAGGGUUGUCUGUGUCCUCCCGGUCGUCAUGGAGACAGGUGUGAGCACACAUGCACACCUGGCAGUUUUGGUUUGAACUGCAGCAGGAUCUGUAACUGUCAGAACAAUGCCUCAUGUGAUCCAGUGAACGGCACCUGUUUUUGUGCUGAAGGGCAGUCGGGUGAAUUUUGUGAGAAGCCUGAGAAUAAGCAAGUCGUUGUUAUAGUGUUGGCUUCCGUUAUUCCAGCCCUGGUCAUACUAGUCGGCUGCAUCGUAAAAGUGACCCUGGUAAGGCGGCGUGGGUUAGAAACAAAGUACACAGAAGUGGACACAGAAAUGGACACCCUUUCAUCAUGGGAAAUUGACAACGUGGACAUCACUUUCGAACAUAUGAUCGGCCAGGGAGAGUUCGGCCAUGUUGUGCGGGGAAGACUGCGCGUGCCGGCAGGCUACCAGGUUUUGGUCGCCGCCAAAAGUAUCCGGCCUGACCGCAUGACAGCGUCGGCUGCCCGCGACUUUCGCCGAGAGAUGGACAUUCUAGCAAGGAUCCACGAGGACAAAGAGGGACACCCAAACGUGGUGAAGUUUUAUGGAGUUCUGACUAAAUCGGAGCCGCAGUACAUUGUUGUAGAGUACGCCACUAAUGAAGAACUUCGCCGGUACCUGUGGAGUUUGAGAGAAGAGUACAAGGUGACAGGACAAAGGAGACUGUUAGAACGACUCGGCUUUGCUUCUGGCGUUGCCAGUGGGUUAUCGGAGCUUGCACGUCUAAAGAUCGUGCACAGGGACAUCGCAGCUCGUAACGUCGUCAUCAGCGACAGGAAGGUGGCCAAGAUCGCGGAUUUUGGGCUGUCUCGUGACGUUUAUAUGUCAUCGGGGUACGAACGCACCAACCAGGGCGGGGAGGAGGAGCUGUUGCCGCUGAAGUGGAUGGCCAUGGAGUCGUUACGGGACGGGGUGUACACGUGCGAGAGUGACGUAUGGUCGUACGGCGUGCUGCUUUGGGAGAUCGCCAGCUUUGGGGAGGAGCCGCGCUAUGCUGGUGGUCCGAUGCACCCGGACGUGUGCACACUGUUGGAGCUGCUGAGGAAAGGAGUCCGUCUGCAGCAGCCGGAGAACUGUCCGCUGUCGGUGUACCGCAUCAUCAGGUCCUGUUGGAUAGUCGACCCAUCGAAGCGACCGACGCCUGAGGAUCUAUUACAAAAGAUAGACCAGCUGAUGCCACGGAGGGAUGCUGCUCACCUUGUUAAUCAUAACAUUUAAAGGGGCAUUCCACUCCACACGGUAGUGUUAUUUUCCGAUAGACAUUCAUUUUAGGAAGUGAUA